CAAUAAAGCAUCUUAUAUAAUUUUUUAAAAACAUCAAAGCAGGAGGAAUAAUCAACGCAAACUCUUUGUGUCCAGAAGUUUUGUUCAAAAAGCAUAAAUGAUAUUAAAUGCAGUGGAAAAGAAAAAAAAAGAAAGAUAACAACAUAUUCAUCACACACUCCAGCCCAACUAAAACUUUUAUAUAAACAGUACCUCUCUUUCUUUCUUUCUCAACCAUUCAAACAAAGAAAAAAUGAGUCAACACAACAUCCUCGAAGCUCUUAACGUCCGGGUCGUGGGCACGGGCGAUCGGAUCCUAGUCCUAGCCCACGGGUUCGGCACAGACCAGUCCGCUUGGCACCUCAUCCUCCCUUACUUCACUCAAACCUACAGAGUCGUCCUCUACGACCUCGUCUGCGCCGGCAGCGUCAACCCCGACUACUUCGACUUCAACCGUUACACGACCCUCGACCCCUACGUGGACGACCUCCUCAGCAUCAUCGACUCCCUCGGCAUCCAAACCUGCGCUUACGUGGGCCACUCCGUCUCCGCCAUGAUCGGAAUCAUCGCCUCCAUCCGCCGCCCGGAGCUUUUCACGAAGCUCAUCCUCAUCGGAGCCUCGCCGAGGUUCCUCAACGACGAGGACUACCACGGCGGGUUCGAGGAAGGGGAGAUAGAGAAGGUGUUCUCAGCCAUGGAGGCUAACUACGAGGCUUGGGUUCAGGGAUACGCGCCGUUGGCGGUUGGAGCCGAUGUUCCCGAGGCGGUUAGAGAGUUUAGCCGGACGCUGUUCAACAUGCGUCCGGAUAUCUCUCUGUUCGUCUCGAGGACGGUGUUCAAUAGUGAUCUCAGAGGCGUUCUUGGGUUAGUGAGAGUGCCUUCUUGUGUGAUUCAGACGGCGAAGGAUGUUUCUGUUCCGGCUUCGGUGGCGGAGUAUCUCCGUGCUCAUCUCGGUGGUGAUACGACGGUGGAGACGCUGAAGACUGAAGGUCAUUUGCCGCAUCUUAGUGCUCCGGCGCAGCUAGCUCAGUUUCUCCGGCGUGCACUUCCUCGGUGACUUUAAUUUUUCAUUUUCUUUUAAUAGAUAAAAAUAAUAAUUGGAGGAAUAUGGUUUUGUGGGGUCCACGUGGAUAACGGAGGGUCUCUAUUGGUGGAGGACAGUAUGGUAUUGUCAAAAUCUAGAGAUAAGAUUGUUCACUUGACACGUGUUGAACGCAUUAUUACUUCACUUUUUUGAGUGUUUUGAAUUUUGGUUUAGUUAGUU